AAACUCGUAUCGCAGACAACACCCCUUUACCUGCGGAAGGCCCCCUUACGACUGCACGUCCUCAUCGUCGGCUGUGGGCUUGGCGGUCUGGCCGCCGCCCACACGCUCGCUCAGGCCGGACACAGGGUGACGAUGAUCGAGUCCGCACCGGCCAUCGGUGAAGUCGGCGCCGGAAUCCAGGUCUCGCCAAACGUCACCCGGCUGCUCCACUGCUGGGGACUCGCACCUGCCCUGGCGCGCAUCGCGGUUAAGCCGGAGGGGAUCGUCUUCAGGAGAUACGACACGGGCGAGCGCGUUGGCUACACUCGCUGGGGUACAUCGAUCGAGCGGGAGUUCGGCGUGCCGUACUACCACAUCCAUCGCGCGGACUUUCAUAGUCUACUGUAUGACCUCGUGAAGGGCCAGGAUAGCGUGGAGAUCAGGUUGAGGUCGACGGUGGUUGGUGUGGAUCCGGAAGUGCCUUCUGUCACGCUACAGACGGGAGAGGUGGUCAAGGGGGACAUGCUUAUCGGUGCGGAUGGCGUGAAGAGCUUCGUGCAACAUAUCGUCACCGGCUCGACCAACCCAGCCGAUCCAACCGGAGACGCGGCAUAUCGCGCUAUCAUCCCGACAGAUUUCAUGCUCAAGGAUCCCGAGCUUAAGCCCUUCGUUGAUGAACCGGAGAUGACGGCCUGGAUGGCCCCUGGACGGCAUCUCAUGGCAUACAAUAUCCGCGCGAAAAGGGAGUUUAAUCUCGUCCUGCUACACCCCGACGAUGGUUCUGUCGAAUCUUGGACGGCAGAGGGGAGUGCGGACAAGAUGCGACGCGACUUCGCCGACUUUGAGCCAAGGGUGCAAAAACUCCUGUCGCAAGUCCAAUCGACCCUCAAGUGGCGCCUCAUGGACCGACAACCCCUCCCCACAUGGGUGCACCCGUCCGGACGCGUCGCCUUGCUGGGCGACUCUUGCCAUCCUAUGCUCCCCUACCGCGCACAAGGCGCCGCGAUGGCCAUCGAAGACGCCGCCGUACUCGGCAACCUCUUCUCGCGGAUCUCCUCCCACGCACAGAUCGGUCCGCUCCUGCGCGCAUACCAAUUCCUGCGCUACGACCGCGCCUCCGCGACCCAGUCCUCCUCCCGCCUGAACCAGAAGAUCUUCCACCUGCCCGACGGCCCGGAGCAGCGCCACCGCGACGCCCAGAUGCGUGCCGCGAUGCGCGUGGAACUCGGCGAGUCGAACGACGACGGGAGCGACGCGGGGAACCCGAAUCAGUGGGCGGACAAGGUUAAGAACCGAAUCCAGUUCGGGUACGACGCUGACGCGGAGGCAGAGCGGUGGUGGGCGCAGCACGGGCGCGAGUUGGAGGCGCUGGCGAAGGCGAGGCUUUAGUCUUGCUUUGGAUCGGGAUUCUAACAUUUGCUACUUUCCGACCACACUGUUCACAUGCGAUUAACAGGAAAUUUGUGCCAAUACGCAGUAAUUGUAGGGUGCGGCCUACUUGCGGUACUGGACUUUGUAGAUGAUGCAUUAGGAUUCGCCGUCCACCUGCAUAUAAAGAUCAUAUAAGC